AUGGAAGCGUGCUUUUGGAGCUUUGACGGCCCCGGUCUCCGGCCCUCGACUUUGUACCGCAAGCUGUCAUCGAUUGCACAAAGCGUGUGGCGAAACUACCACGUCCCGUGGGACCAGCCGUUGACCAGUCCAACGUCAAUCGCACCGCUGUGGCCCAUGUCCGACAUUCAUGGCAUUGUGCCGUUCCACGCGUGGCCCAAGGAGACGGUCAAGUACAUGAGCGUCAUGGCGCCACAACGCAAGAAGCCUCACCCGAUGAUUACACCCGCUCGCCCAUCCGACGAGGCGGUUAUCGACUACCUCAAGCGUGUACGCCGCCUCCGUCCAUGGGGUAUGCCGGUACAGUAUGACGUCUGGUUCCGCGCGAUGAUGAACAUCCUCCCAACGGGCUCCAAGUUCCGCUUCAAGGACACGCAGGACCCGGACACUACCAAGUGCCCAUACGCGCGUUGCCAGUCGCUCGAAACGCCACGUCAUGUCCUCCACGAUUGCGUGGAUCUGUCGUGGGACAUGUGCAUGGACGUCGACCGGAUCGAGCCGCCCGCGAACCUCGCGAACCUCAAGGAGCCCAUAGUCCAACUGGCGAGCAGCCUUGUCAUGAUCAUCGUCCACAAGUUGUGGACGCACCGCAAUAAAGUCGUACACCAAGACGCCGGAGGGCCGCAGAUCGACAGGAUGGUGCACGAGACUGUGAUCCAGUGGUCCGGCUUUGUCCGCACAGCUUUCCGUGACCCCGAUCGGCCUCUACAAAGCAAGACGCGAAUCGCAACGAUUGUCGCUAUCCUCUGCGAAGACAACAAGUACGCAGAAGCCCAAGCCUACAAUGACGGUAUAUUCAGCUCCCUCGCGCUUCCUCGCCGACUCCCUCGCACCCUCGCAGCGGAGCUCGACGCACUCAACUAG